GGUCCCGGGCUUGGAGCUUGGCUAAGAUGUUCUAGGCCCGACCACUGUGUCCCACUGGUUUGUUUGGUUCAUUAAUUCUUGGUUGCCUUGCCUAUUCCGUUUCGGCGCCGUUCGGGCCGCACCCGCAGCCAGCAGCAACACGCAGAAUUUUUUUUUUCACCCCCGGAUCGGAACCCUCACCUUCCCCUACUGGCCUGGACUCUGCGCAGCCGAUUUCGGACAUUCCAAGCAUGCCUCGCGAGAAGGUCAAGAGAGGGCGCCGAGCCGCCGACAAGGCCAGCAAAGAAGCCAGCAAGCGGAAGCGCGACGAUGCCCCCGAAGACGAUGUGCCCAAGCGAUUGAAGCCUUCGACCGACGAGUCUAACGUGUCUAACGACUUCGUGGAGGGAGCCGACUAUAUCCCCCUGGACGAUGAACAGCCCCAGGAGGGUGCGCCGGUCGGCGAUAUGCCCUUUUAUGGUCUUCUCGACCCCGAGGAGCAGGAAUACUUUUCCCGGGCGAACGAGGUGUUGGAAACAAACCAGUUUGGCGAUGCCGAGGAGCGGAGAGUCUUCGUCGACAGUGUCUACAAGGAAGCCGAGGGGAAGGAACUGAAGAUUGCGUGUAGUCAGUCGUGUUCCCGCCUGAUGGAGAAAUUGAUCUCGAUGUCGGAUAUGCGCCAGAUCCGGCGACUCUUCAACAAAUUCAUCGGCCAUUUCCUGCACCUUGUUCAGCAUCGGUUUGCGAGUCACUGCUGCGAAACCUUGUUCAUUAAUGCAGCGCCUGGUGUGACGCAGAAAGUAUCGAAGUCUAAGAAAAACACCGAGGAGGACGGAGACGAGCCGGAGCCUGACUUGUCGCUGGCAGAGAUGUUCAUGAAGGUCAUCGAGGAGCUGGAAGGAAACUGGGGAUACCUGUUGACGGAGCGGUUUGCGUCGCACACCAUCCGGGUUCUUCUCCUCGUCUUGGCAGGAGAGCCGGUGGAUUUGUCCUUGAGUGAUUCGAUCGUGGCUAGUCGGAAGAAGGAGAGACACGGCAUUCUCAGCACCGAUACCCAGGAGGAGAAUCCGGUUGCGCAGAAAAGGAGCGUACCGGAGUCGUUCGAGGGUGCUCUCAAGCAGGUCAUGCAGGAUAUGGUUUCCGUCCUCGAUGACACCUAUCUCCGGGCACUUGCUACCCAUCCGGUCGGAAACCCAGUUCUUCAGGUGCUGGUGUACUUGGAACUCUCCCAUUUCGGCAAGGCCAGUGCCAAGGACGCCAAAUCGAUCAUCCGACGAUUGAUCCCAGACGAUGAUUUCGAAGAGGGAACGGAGAGCACCGUCUUUGUUCGGGGGCUGCUCUACGAUCCGGUAGGGUCUCGCUUGUUAGAGACCAUCGUGCGCUGUAUGCCAGGAAAGCUGUUCAAGGGACUCUACAAGAACUUCAUGCGCGAUCAACUACGCUCACUUGCGCGCAACAUCACCGCUGGAUAUGUCGUGCUCCGGGUUUUGGAGAGACUGGGAAAAGAUGACCUGCAGAACGCGGUGGAACUCCUGGUGCCCCAAAUCCCCAACCUCGUGGAGCGGUCCCGAGUGAUCGUUCCCAAGACCCUGAUUGAGCGGUGCAUCGUCCGUGGCGUCGACACUGCGCCCAUCGCCCGCGUCCUCGAAUCGGCCUACGACAGCGACCCUGCCAAGCGCCUGCACCAGAUGCUCGGGCUCGACGGUGCGCCAGAGGAAGCCGGAGAGCAAGAGCAGAGGCCUGGCGAACCCGAUCCCGACGCCAACCCGAAAGGCGCCAAACUACACAACUCACUGUUCGUCCAGACCAUGCUCACCGCUCCGGGGUCUCUCAGCGGCUUGGUCUAUUCCAGCCUGCUGGCCCAGCCGUCCGAGUCGCUCGUCACGAUCGCCAAAGACCCGACCACCUCGCAUGUCAUCCAAAAGGCCCUCACGCUCCCCACCUCCACCCCUCAGUUCCGCCGUCAAUUCGCCGUUCGGUUCACCGGCCACCUCGAAGGACUUGCGUUAGACAGCAGUGGAUCCCGCGUCGUCGACGCCCUCUGGCCCGCCACCCAGGACCUCUUCUUCGUCAAAGAGCGCAUGGCCCAGGAACUCACUCAGCACGAAAUGGCUCUGCGAGAUUCCUUCGUCGGCCGCGCCGUCUGGCGGAACUGGGCGCUGGAUCUCUACAAACGCCGCCGGGGCGAGUGGGCCGCUAAAGCCAAGGGCCUCGAUACCGGCGUCAAGCCCAAGUCCCGCCUCGAGCUGGCCCGGGAGAAGUUUGCCGCCCAGGCGGCCGAGAGCGCGAAGAACGCGGAUGAUGCCUGACCGACGAUUAGCGUUUCAUGAAUUUUUCUUUCGCUGGACAUAAAGAGCAUGUAUACUACUGUACAGGAUUCCUGCGAAAAUCGAGCGAUUUUCCCUUUCUGCUUUUGGCUCACGGGGAUGAGCACGACGCGGCGAGCCGAAGGCCGGGUGCCCGCGAGUCUUUAUCCGCCGCGGACGCGCCACGCAACAAAUACCACACCACCACCAGCGCCUUUACUUAAUUAUAUCGAGUGGCAGAUGGCAUGGGUUUGGCGGCCAGGUCCAGAGCCGCCAGGG